CUUUACUCUGACAUUCUAGCAGCAGUUUUAGACUCAGAAAAACAGUCAAGAUGAUCACUGUUCUUCUGACUUUUACUGCAUCAUUCAUCUGCCAUAUAGGAAGGUCUUCUGCAGAUAACAAUGUUAAUCAGUCUCCUCCUGAUUUAAUUAAGAAUAUAAAGGAAUCUACAAAUCUUUCCUGUUCUAACUCCAGACCUAACCAUGAGGUGAUGCUGUGGUACAAACGAUCUGAAAACACACAGUUACAGCUUCUUGGAUAUCUCAAUGCAAAGUUUUCUUAUCCUGAAGAUUCCCUGAAAACUAAAAUUGAGCUGCAUGGAGAUGGAAACAGUCAUGGGAUACUUACCAUUAAAAAUCUGCAGCCAGAUGACAGUGCAGUUUAUUUCUGUGCAGUGAAAUUAGACACAGUGCUACAGGACUCUGUGAUCUAUGACAAAAACCUCCUCCUUCAGAGCAGCACAAAUCUUCCACCUGCUGUAGUCUUCAAAGUACAUGUAACAGUUGCCACCAUUAAACUACACUACAGACCUCACCACUGGCUCUUUUUAGCAGAAGAUAACGGAGUCCACCAAAACCCCAGUGUCCUCUGGCAGGUGAAAGGAGAAUCUGCUGAAAUGAAGUGCAGUCAUAAUAAAGGUGGCACCUACUAUCUGAUGUACUGGUACAGACAAUGCCAAGGAGAGAGCAUGGAGCUCAUUGUUUACAAAACACCCAGUGGUGAACCAGAGUUUGGCUCUGUGGAUAAAAAUAAAUUUUCUACUGUUAAAAAAAUUGCUGCAAAUGGAUCUUUAACUGUGAAGGAUCUGGAUAUAGAGGACAGUGCUGUGUAUUUCUGUGCAGUAAGUUAA